GUCUCCCUCAGGCCCUAAGAAAGAAGGACAGCCUGUAUCCUCUUUAUGAUUGGUCGGUGCUCCUGUCAGUCUUCGGAUGGGCGAGCCCAUCUGCUCUCUAGCAAUUGAGGAAAAGGAGUGCCAGUCCGGCGAACCCAUGCGUGAUUGGAUAUGACGGUGAGGGGGAGCCUCGAGACUGGAUAAUAAGGGCUCAGUGUCAUUUUCCCCACUUGUCAGAGAGCAAACCCACCUAACCCACGAUAACCCUCUCAGGCCGAGGGCUUCUCCUGAGCUCCGUAACAAGGCACCCAAUAGAGGCCCGCUCUUAAGGCAUCCUGGGGACCAACAGCCUGUAGACCCUCCUAGGUGACCUCUGAUCCCCGGUGUUGAUCUUAGUGCAGCCCCUGGGUGGGCCGAGGGGGCGGCCAUGGAGCUUGGGAGCUGCUUCAAGACCUACGAGGACUUCAAGGAGUGCUUCAGCGCCUACAAAAAGGAGAACAAGUGUUCCUUCAUUCUCAGGGACUGCAUCUCCGUCCGGUACCACAACCUCAACCAUGGCACCUCUAUCCGCGAGGACAUCCUAUAUGUGCAGGUGAAAUUUGUCUGUAUUCGGACCCAGUCAAACAGGAAGAGAGCAGCAGAAGCAGACAUGUGCCCAGCAUACUUGCUUCUGCGGUACAAUGAGAAACUGGAUAGACUGUUCAUCAGUGAACUCAACACACAGCAUAUACACAUUGACCCCAAAACCACUGGUCCUAGAGGAGACGCCACCGGCAAAUCUCAGAAGAAACUCCCGUCUGCACAGCCCGCAGUCAACAAAGACCUUGGCACGGCUGCAAAGUCCCCAGUUGAACCAUUGUUUUGCUUAGACGAGGUCCAGAUACCCACCAAGCCAGAGCAGGAGGACAUCGCUCCUUCUGACCUGGCCAAGAUAGCCAAAGUGAUGAAGAACUUUCUUAAGGUGGACGUGGGUUCCAUGGCCUCCUUCAGUGUGGGCAGCAGCCAAGACCUGGACCGGCUCAGUUUCCAGAGCAGCAAGAUGAGCGAUCUGUUUGUCCGCUUCCCAGAGAAUCUCUUGCUGCACCGGGUGGAGAACGCUCAGGGCCACAUCCUGUACGCUUUCCUGGUGGAGAGCAAGGAGCGAGAGGGGCGGGUGGUGCACUUCGCGGUGCUCAAGGCCGAGACAGCCACCUCCGUGGCCAAGAUGCUAAGCAUCUUUACGGAGUUCAACUCAGAUUGGCCCAAGGUCAAGGUGGUCUUCGUGGACCCGUCCUUCCCUCACCGAGCCAUCCUGCAGGAGGUCUUCCCUGGUGCCCGCACCCUCCUCUCCAUCUAUCACACAACCCGACUCUUGGAGAAGAAGCUGCAUCGUAGUUCUGCAGAUCCGUCCUUUAAACGGCUCAUGAAGGAAGCCCUGCGGGAGGCCGUGUUUGUCACCUCCAAGACCAGCCUGCAAAAUCUCUGCCAGAUGUCCCGGGCCCUGCUCGACGAGCAGCUCUUCAGCUUCCUGCAGGCCCACUGGUUCUCCUGUGAACUGCUGUGGUACAUGCACGUCAGGAAGGGCCUGCACGCCUGUAGCACCUACAUGGACAGCCUGGACGUCGUCACCAGCAAGGUGUCGAGCCUCUUCCGGGAGCAGCAGUCCCUGCUGGACUGCAUCCUCCGCUUUGUGGAUUACAUAGACUUCUUUAACACCAAAGGCAUGAAGAACUUUCCCACCGCUCCCCCCAAGUUAAAGAGAGCCCGGUCAGCAAACACGGCCCCCAAGUCCAAGAAGCCUUCUGGCAUCUGCAGAGGGAGCCUCAGCAGGCCCCCCGUGCAGGAGGCCAAGCCAGAGCAGGUGCAGGGGCCGCCACGGCAGCCUCCCCAGGGGCAGCCCUCGCAGGGCGGCAUGCUGGCCUCCUUACGCCAGAGCGGCUCCGACCUGGCCUACAAGCUGUGCCACAACGAGUGGGUGGUGGUGCAGAGCUCCACGCACCUGGUGGACGUGGCUGGCUGCGCUGUGGACGUGCAGCUGCUCGAGGACUCCCACCAGGUGAGCAAAGACGGCUGCAGCUGCAGCUGCUACUUUCAGCAGCGGUACCACCUGCCAUGCCGGCACAUCCUGGCGCUGCUGCACACCAGCCAGAGGCCCGUGAGCGAAGCCAUGGUGUGCCGCCGGUGGCAGAAGAGGUACCAGCACCUCCUCGGGCCCUGCGGGGAGCUCCGGGACCCCGUUCUGAUCCCAGCAGAUGCAGGCCAGCCAGGGGAGCCGGGACGGAACGACAUGAUUCAGGACCUAAGCAGGGAGCUUGCAAAUCUGCUGAUGCAGAGUGAGGGACCAGAGCUGGAGGAGCGCUGCUCCACGCUGCGCAAGAUUGUGGACAUCUGGGCGGCCCCCCGCCAGCCUCCUGAGCCCAGUCAGCGGCCGAGGGACUUCAGGGAUGUGGGCUGCCUCCCUUUCCUCUGGGGAAAGCAGGAGGAAGGGGAGGGAGCGGCCCCUGCUGGCGCCACCAUUCAUGGCUGAAGCGCGUGCACUGGCACGCUAGGCCGCCAGCCCCUCUCCCUAGCAGUCCAAGGGCUCAAAGUGGGCAGGACAUGCUCGGGGUCAGCCUUUUAACCAACGUCUUUCUAGGUAGGGUUAGGAAAAUGGUUCCAAGAGAAAGAAACCCUACUGUGUGACAGUCCUUUGAAUCUGCCCCAUUUCUGCCCUGCCUUUGGUUUUCCUUGGGAGCCUCAUUCAUUGUUCAAGGCCAAAGUUAUUUCCAUGCAGAAAGGUCAGUCCUCUUUCUCCCUCAGCCCCUGAGAUUAGACCUAACUAACUUUACAGAGAUGAUAACCCAGCCCCAGGAUAGGGGGAGAUAAAACAGAUCUGGUUUCAGGGACUAUAUGGAAGGAGUGUACUACUUGGUUGUUGCUGCUCUUUACAAAGAAUUUGUUUGUACCUAUUUUUACUCAUAUUAAAGUUUUGUUUUGUUUCUGUUCUUUAAAUAAAAGCAAAUAAGCAAGAGAAAUGUGUUCUGCCUGAACAGGGAAGGAAUCUGGGUGUUGUGCAGCCAGAGUCCAGUGCCUCAAAUGCAAUGAUUAGUGAUCCUCCCCUUGCUUCAUCCUCUUCCUGCAACCGUGUCUUCAACAUUGACUUCAGGCUGCCUCAUAUUCUAGCCCAAAGAAGCCAAAUAGAUUGGGAGGGAAGAAACCUGGGUCCAAGACUUGACUGCCCUCAACUUGCUGGGCGACUGUGCACAAGUCCUAAAUUUGACCCCAGUUUCCUCAUCUGCAAAAACGAAUCCAUUGGCAUGUUCUAAUUCCAGUUUCACUUCUAGAUUCAAUGGAGAUUUAAGCAUCAACACAGACUUUUGUUGCUGUUGCUAGUUUGUAACCUUAGUCACCUAAAGCCUGGUAGCUUCCCAGCUUUCGAAGAACCAUCUUCAACGGAACUGAGGUCAAAAGAUGGUAGUGAAUCCUGCUUCUUGCACUAGUUCAUGAUGACCUUAACAGUCACAACGCUAUUCUGGAUCUCGCCUGGAAAAUACUGGAGGGGUUGGGCUGAGCAAUACCCAAGCUCAGCUCUCUCAAGAAGAUCUCAAUCUCCUCAAUUCCGAGAGUUGGGCCCCUCUGACCCUUGUUGGAGAAGCAAAAUUUGAGACCUGGGCCUCAGCCUCCCCAUAAGACAGAGGACACAGUACAAUCACACAGGCACCACUUCCUACCCCCCUGGGGCUUUGGAAUUUGACCAGAAAAGACAAAAAAAAUUUUUUUGAAACACUGCUAUUUAUUUCCUUUUUGUUUUUUGGCCUCUGAGGGAGUUUCCAUAGUAACCCGCCCUUCCAGCCCUCUUCCCACAUGUGUGGUUCCGCAGUUUCAGCUUCAGGGUUCCGACUCCAAAGGAUGCUAGUGUCUUCAGGCUUUCAUUGGUUGCCGCCCGCCGAGCCCCUCGUAACCCUGGUAACAGCGCCCGCCCACAAGUUGCCGGGCUAUGAUUGGUCGUUGCCACAAAGUCCUAAAGCGAAUUCCUCAGGCCAUUGGCCCGAGUCACGGGAAGCUGGCACCGCGGUUGGUGAGCCUAGAGGUCAGUCAGAGUCAGAGGCAGGGUCAAAUAGGGAGAAAUGGCGACGGAGCCAAGCUGUGGGCCCAUCUUUGGAUUAAGAUCUGGGGUCUACAGCCUAGCCUCAAGCCUUGACUUAGUUGGAGCUUGAGAGAGUGGGAGCCUUCUGUUUGGCAGCCGCACAGAGCAAAUAUCUUGACCUUGGCAUCGAGACAUUUCCCAUCUUCUCCAUGGCGCUGACAGUGCUGAAUGAGCUCCUGAUUGAGGACCCAAGCCCACCUCUGCUGCUCUACCA